AUGGAUUGGAACAAUUGGAACAUUUCUGACGAGUGGCCGUUUGACAACACCAUAGCCGACAGUGAUAUGUCUGUGAACGACCUGUCCAGUCAGCCCCUGGCCCAGUACUCGUACGCCCAGCCCCAGUGUUCAUACACCCACUGUAAUAACCCGACCUCAUCGAUGAACAACACGGUGUCGUGGAAUGGGGUCUUACGACUGGUCCUAUUCUCGCUGGUGUCCACAUUGGGCUCAAUGGGCGGUAUAUUUGUGAUAUCGGCCAUCACUGUCAUCGACACAUUCCAAGUGCGGGGCAAUUGUUUCUUAGUGUGUCUGGCGUUUGGACACCUCUUGGUCACCAUACUGGUGGUGCCCGCCUCUGCUGUGGCCAUUAUGGCCGGUGUGCCCGACGACCCCAGUAUAUGUCACUUCCAAUGGCUCACAACACUGGCCUGUCUUAUAGUGUCCGUCCUUUCAUUCAUGUUUAUGGCGAUCGACAACUACUUCGGCUUCGGCUCAUUAGUCACAUACGACUUGUGUUGCACUAAAUGUCGCAUUGUUUUCAUAAUACUCAUGAUAUGGUCGGUGGCCAUCGUUUUCCCUAUCGUUCAACACGUCUACAACUUUGGCCCCGAGUUUUGCCCCGACAGACGCAAACUCACCAUUUGGUUAGACUUCCAUCCCUACGUUCUCGGUAUGAACCACACACCCAAACACCUACUCUUCCCAUAUAUCCAUACUUUGAUCCCAUUACCAUGA